GGCUUCUCGCACCUGGGUAAAGCGGCACGCGCGCUGCGGGGCAGGUGUGCGGGGCCGCGGUCGAGCUCGGGCUGCCAGGCCCCGGCUCGCCGGUGUCAUGGACGGCCUGCGCCAGCGCUUCGAGCACUUUCUGGAACAAAGGAACUUGGCCACCGAAGCGCUAAGGGCGCUCGAAGCCAAGACAGGUGUCGACAAGCGGUACUUAGCCACGGGAGCCGCCACUCUGCUAAGUCUGUAUCUUCUGUUCGGCUUCGGGGCGUCUCUACUGUGCAAUGUAAUCGGAUUUGUGUACCCAGCAUAUGCUUCAAUCAAAGCUAUCGAGAGCCCAAGCAAAGAAGACGACACUGUGUGGCUCACCUACUGGGUGGUGUAUGGACUGUUCGGGCUGGCCGAGUUCUUCAGCGACCUACUCCUGUCCUGGUUCCCUUUCUACUACGCGGGCAAGUGCGCCUUCCUGUUGUUCUGCAUGGUUCCCGGGCCCUGGAACGGGGCUCACAUGCUGUAUCAUCGCGCGAUACGGCCGCUGUUUCUAAAGCACCACGAGGCCGUGGACAGCGUCGUGAGAGACCUCGGCGGGAGAGCCCUGGACGUGGCAGUGGGAAUAACCCGGGACGUCAUGCAGACCCUGGCCCGCGGCCGGGCUCUCGUCACCCCCGCCGCUGCCCUUGGAGCCCAGCCCCAAGCAAGCGUGACCCAGCCCCAGAAGGACAAGUGAAACCCUCGUCCAGCCGCUACGCAGACCUGCCGCCUGGCGAGCAGGGGGGCACAUCACACCUCAAGCCCUCCACGAACUCCUCGACUGAUGCCUCGGGGGAGCCCCCCGCCAGCCCC